AUGACAGAUAUCAAGCUUCAGAAUGUCCGGCCAAUGUUUGAGCUGCGCGGUCGCAAUUAUAUCGUGACCGGCGGCCUUGGUGGUAUCGGCUAUGCAGCUGUGCGGUCGCUCUGCGAAAUGGGCGCCAGUGUAGCCGUGUUAGACAUUCAAGACAGAUCAAAGGACGCAUUAGCCGGCGUGGAAAAUGAGUUUGGCACCAGGGUUUUCUACUUCCAGACCGAUGUCACCAAACUUGACAGCCUGAAUGCUGGUGUCGAUAAGGCCAUUGAAGCCCUCGGGUCGCUUGAUGGAUGUCUUCCUUGCGCGGGGAUCAACUGCAACAAGCCAUUUGUUGACCAGUCCUGGGAUGAGUUCACGCGCAUUCAGGAAAUCAAUGUCCGAGGAACAUUUUUCACUGUCCAGCGCGUGGUCAAGCAGCUGAUCAAGCAAGGAACCUCUGGCAGUAUUGUCAUGAUGGCGUCUCAGUGCGCUCACAUCGCUAUUCCAGGUUGCCGCAUGUCCUCCUAUAACGCAUCCAAGGGCGGCGUUCUUAUGCUCACCAAGGCACUUGGGGUAGAGCUGGCCAAGCACAACAUUCGUGUUAAUUCCAUCUCACCUGGGUAUGUAGAUUCUCAGAUGUUCAGGGAUGUAUUGGCCACUCAGAGUGAGCGCGAUGCGAAACAACCAUUCCAGGCCCCGCCAUUGAGGCGCCUCAGCGACCCAAAUGACCUUACCCCCGCUAUUAUUUAUCUUUUCAGCGAUGCGUCUAGACACAUUACUGCUACAGAUAUCAGGAUUACGGGUGGAUUGGACGCUGGGCAGAUUGACGGACACAUUACCUACGAAUAA